CAAAUUUGCCGUUCAAAAAAAUAAAGAAAAUAAAAAUAAAACAAUGAAUUUUCCUCAAGGUGAACCACCACCGCCACAUGACCACCACUUGCCAUGGCAAUUCCCCACCAUCUGAACCCCUACCACCGCAUCCCCUCACCAUCUUCUUCUCCGGUGAAGCACCACCCACUACCAUCUGAACCGCUAUCACCGCCCCACCACACCUUCUCACAACUCCGAUUUGAGCCAUCCGAGAUCUGGUCGGGAGAAGAUAGUGUUACUCGAGAAAAAGGUUACUCUCUUAGGGUAUUACCGACCAAACCUAAUAUCCAUCUCUUUAGCCACUACACACUUCAACAACUCCCUUAACGGCAUCUAUAAUCGAGUUGCAGGUUUUGUUUGGGUGGAACAAAUUAUUAUUGAUCAUAUAUAUAAAGAACGUACGCUCCGACCGACCAGUUGAUCAUAUUGUUUCUUAACCUGUGAAAGAACAUGUGGAUUUUUGGAAGAAAUGGUGCAUCUGGAUUUUCAGCAACUUCAACAGCUGAGGAACUUACUGAAGGAAUACAUGCAUCUGGUCUUACCGCCAUUGUUACCGGAGCUACAAGUGGUAUCGGGUCUGAGACAGCACGAGUGCUUGCAUUGCGUGGAGUACAUGUUAUCAUGGCAGUAAGAAACACAGAAAAAGCGACACAAGUUAAAGAAACUAUACUUGAAGACAUACCAAAUGCUAAAGUCGAUAUAAUGGAGUUAGAUCUAAGUUCUAUGGCAUCCGUACGGGACUUUGCAGCCAAAUACCAGUCAUCAGGUCUUCCCCUACAUGUUCUAAUUAACAAUGCAGGUGUUUUGUCUCCACAAUUCAAGCUUUCGAACGAGAAGAUCGAACUGCAUUUUGCGACUAAUCAUUUAGGUCAUUUUCUUUUGACGAAUCUGUUGUUAGAGACAAUGAAGACAACUUCAUAUGAACAAAACACAGAAGGACGAAUAAUUAACGUAUCAUCUGAAGGACAUCGUUUUGCAUACACUGGACCUUUAUCUGAUUAUAUGAACAAUGAAUCAAGUUAUAGUUCCAUAUAUGCUUAUGGACUAUCAAAACUGGCUAAUAUACUUCAUGCUAACGAGCUAGCAAGACUUUUGAAGGAGGAGGGGGUUAACAUCACUGCAAAUUCAUUACAUCCUGGAUUCAUCAACACCGAGCUUUUUCGUGGCCACAAUAUAUUCUCCAUUAUUUGCAACCGGAUUUUGAGGUACUUUAUAAAAGAUCUUUCACAGGGUGCCGCAACAACAUGCUAUCUAGCUUUAAACCCACAGGUGAAAGGCGUCACAGGUGAGUUUUUUGUUGAUAGUAACUUGGCAAAACCGUCAUCGAGAGCAAAAGAUCAAGAGUUAGCCAAGGAGUUGUGGGAGUUUAGUAUGGGCUUGACUAGCUCAAAGUGAGUAAAGACUUAGUAUGUUGAUGUAUAUGGUGAAAUAAUAUAUCCUUGUACUUGUAUAAUAUAUUUUGGGUGUUACAACUUUUUUUAAAAAAUGAUUACUAAACUGUCA